AGUGAGGGAUGAGAAAUCUCUCAUUUAUUUUUGACCAAUCCGAAGAAGAGAGAAUAAUCGAUGUGUACUUAAAACUAACUUGGACAUCCGCUGAACGAAGAACUCUCUUUGGAAGUUGUCUACGGAGUAUUUCUCAAGUCUCAACGAAUACCCUAGGCCUAGAUUCCCGUAAUUUGCAGAGACGAGCCGCCUCAGAGUCUCUCUCUCUCUCUCUCUGCUUUCUCUCUCUCUGGGGAGAAAUCAGAAAACAAUCAACCAGGGACAGCCUACUCGCCAUCUUCGAGCUGUUCAGAGUAACCACAACUACUCUCUCUCCACCCAAAGCCAUGUCCGCAAAAUGGCGAGCCCUACAGCACCGCCACCGCUACACCUACAACGCCGUCGUAUUCCCCCACUCCUACACCACCGCCCUCCACAGCCACCACCACCACUCCUCGACCACUUCCCCCUUCUUCUCCGACCUGAACCACCUCGUCUCCCUCACCUCCACCUACGCCCAGCUCCACCACGCCAAAAAACUCGCCAAUUCCUUCUCCCACCUACUCCAAAACCCUAACCAAGACGACGACGUAGACGGAAGCGACGUAGUUUCGGUUGCCGCCCGAUUCUACCUCGAAAUCCUCUUCCUCGAGAACUCCUUCCCCCUGCACCGUACCCUGGUCUCCGCCCUCGCGAAGAACCGCAACUUCCUGUCGUUGAUUCGCGACUGCUUCCGUACUCUCUGCGAUGAGUACGGCGGCGAGAAGGGGAUGGGAAAGAGGUUUUGCGUUUCGCGCGUGGCGUUGUCGAUGAUGAGCUCGCCGAAGCUAGGGUUUUUGGUUGAUGUGAUUGAGGAGUGUGUGGUUCUGGUUGGUUUGGAUGCUGUUUCUGGUUUGAACUCGGUUGUUACGGAGACCACCGAGUGGUCUCGGCCUUCCCCGAUUGUCAUGGAACAAUGUCAAGAGGCUUUGUCUUGUUUGUAUUAUUCGCUCCAGCGCUUUCCCUCAAAGUUUACUACUAGUUUUAAUGGUAGUUGUAGUGAUUUAGUUUCCGAGAAAUCGAAUGUUUUGGAUGGUAGUUGUAGUGAUAUGGUUUCAGAGAACUUGAAUGUAUUGGAAUUGGUAUUGACGACGAUUUUAAGUAUCCUGAAAUCGCCUGUGUUUUCAAGGGAUUGUUUUGUUGCCGCGGGGGUUAGCUUUUGUGCUGCUCUCCAGGUUUGUCUUGGUCCUGAGGAGCUUGGUUUGGCAAUCAUGGAAGGUAUAUUUUUCCAAACGAAUUGUAGUCUCGUUGAUAGUCAUGAUAACGAAGUUAACAAUGUGAUUCACAAGGUGCCCUUCGAGGGGGAUCUGUAUUAUGAAAUUCGCAAUUUAGCUGUUUUGAGUAGGCUCUGCUUGAUUAGAGGAAUCCUUACGGCUGUUUCUAGAACAGUACUUAAUUUUCAGUUUGUUGUAUCGAGGCGUGAUGUCACUGGGUUUUGUAGUAAUGGAGAUAGAAGUAACUUAAUUCAGACGAUUCUGUAUGACGGGGUUUUGCCUGAGCUGUGCAAAUACUGUGAGAACCCAACCGAUAGCCAUUUCAAUUUUCAUACCUUAACGGUAUUGCAGAUCUGUUUGCAGCAGAUGAAAACCUCAAUCCAAGGUAAUCUGGGUAAUCUAACAGAAGACUGUUAUCCAAUAUCAGAGGACAUGGGGGCCCGGAUACUGAGAAUAAUCUGGAAUAACCUCGAAGAUCCUCUUAGUCAAACUGUCAAACAAGUUCAUCUGAUUUUUGAUCUCUUCUUAGACAUUCAGUCUACCCUGCAUUGGUCAGAGGGUAGUGAUAGAAUCAAGUCAUCCUUGCGGAGAAUCGCGUCAGAUCUUCUCCGCAUGGGACCACGUUGCAAGGGAAGAUACGUUCCUUUAGCUUCUCUAACAAAGAGGUUGGGAGCAAAGACUAUUUUAGAUCAGAGCCCUGACUUGUUGCUUGAAACUGCACAAGCUUACAUCGAUGACGAUGUCUGCUGUGCUGCCACUACAUUCUUGAAGUGUUUCUUGGAGUGCUUGCGUGAUGAAUGUUGGAGCAGUGAUGGAAUUGAAUCUGGUUAUGCAAAGUACAGAGGUCAUUGCUUGCCUCCAUUUUUGUUUGGUCUUGCUUCUGGAGUCUCAAAGCUCCGGUCAAAUUUGAACACAUAUGCUUUGCCGGUGAUACUUGAAUUGGAUGUAGAUGCCAUCUUUCCCAUGCUUGCGAUCAUUUCUGCAGCGCAAGGUGGAGAAGAGACUGAGCUUGUUCAUCCUGAGCUAAGUGGUAUAAAUAUGUCUCUGAGAGUUGAACAAAAAGUUGCCAUUUUGGUUUCAUUACUCAAGGUAUCUCGCUUUCUUGCUUUGAUUGAAGGGGAUAUUGAUUGGUUUGAGGAUUCUUUAGUAUCUCAGGAAGGGGAAGGCCAUAGGGUGGACAAGAUUGGUUGUUAUGCUGUUUUCUCUAUAAAGGGUACAAAGGUUAAAGUCCUGGCUGAGUGGCUGGCAAUGGCACUCACCCAUGUUGACGAGUCACUGCGUAUAGAUGCAGCAGAGUCGCUAUUUUUAAACCCAAAGACGUCAAGCUUGCCAUCGCGUUUAGAACUUAGUCUGAUGAAAGAAGCAGUGCCAUUGAAUAUGAGAUGUUGCUCAACAGCGUUUCAAAUGAAGUGGGCCAGCUUGUUCAGAAAGUUCUUUUCUCGCGUGCGGACAGCCUUAGAGAAAGAAAUGAAGCAGGGUAGGUGGCAACCUCUUGCCUGUUGUGACGGAAAUGUGGUUUCUCCGUGUAAAGGAACUGAUGAAACUGAAGUUCACAAAGCUGAGGAUCUCUUUUACUUCAUUAGGUGGAUGAGUUCCUUUUUGUUCUUCUCCUGUUACCCUUCUGCUCCAUACGAAAGAAAAAUAAUGGCCAUGGAGCUCAUUUUAAUAAUGAUUAAUGUCUGGGCUAUUGUACCUCCUUCACUAGGAACAUGUGAGUCCAUUUCUUCUGAUCCUAGUCUCUGCCCUUACAGUAAAGGGUUUACUUCACCUGAUUCAACUUUGCUGUUAGUUGGUUCAAUUGUUGAUAGUUGGGAUCGGCUGAGAGAAAACUCCUUUCGCAUUCUCCUACAUUUUCCUACUCCACUACCAGGUCUUUGUAGCCAAGACAUGGUCCAAAGAGUAAUUACAUGGGCCAAGCAUCUAGUUUCCAGUCCUCGUGUUAGAGAAAGCGAUGCUGGAGCUCUGACUAUGAGGCUCAUAUUUAGGAAGUAUGUGUUGGAACUUAAGUGGAUGGUCAGACCUUCUAGUAAUAUCGUCUCCUUUCAUUCGGAGACCGAACUUCCAAAUGGGGAUACUCAAAGUUGUAUGUCUACCUCUCCUGCAAUAGUAUAUGUAAGGUCUCUCAUUGAUUGGUUGCGCAUUGCUGUGGAGGAGGGAGAGAGAGAUCUUUCUGAAGCGUGCAAGAAAAGCUUUGUUCACGGUGUAUUGCUUACCCUUCGUUAUACGGUUGAGGAAUUGGACUGGAAUUCAAAUGUAGUCUUGUCCAGUCUUUCCGAAAUGAGACUUGCGCUAGAGAAGCUCUUGGAAUUGGUUAUGCGAAUAACAUCACAGGCCCUUUGGGUGGUUUCCGCUGAUGCUUGGUAUUUGCCUGAAGACAUGGAUGAUAUGGUCGAUGAUGAUGCCCUUUUACCUGAGUUGGCUUCUGUCAUUGAUGCUUCGGAGUCUGCAUCUGAACACGGAGUUAAAAACUCGAAACUUGUGAGGGAUGCAAGGCAGUCAGAACAGGUUGUCAUGGUUGGGUGCUGGCUAGCAAUGAAAGAGGUGAGUCUUCUUCUAGGAACAAUCAUAAGAAAAGUUCCAUUGCCUAUGUCAGACUCGUCCGAUUCUGGGGAUCUUUUUCCUGAUGCUGCCAGUGCUCCAAGUAUGGCACCAGACUUGGUGCUUGACCUGAAACAACUUGAGACAAUUGGGAACCACUUCUUGGAAGUCCUCCUAAAAAUGAAACACAACGGUGCAAUUGAUAAGACGAGAGCUGGAUUUACAGCACUUUGCAACCGUUUACUCUGUUCUAAUGAUCCAAGACUUUGUAAGCUGACAGAAUCUUGGAUGGAACAACUUAUGGAAAGAACUGUGGCUAAGGGCCAAACAGUAGAUGAUUUAUUGAGGAGAAGUGCAGGUAUUCCAGCAGCAUUCACCGCUCUUUUUCUCUCAGAGCCAGAAGGUACACCAAAGAGGCUCCUUCCAAGGGCACUGCGAUGGCUAAUAGAUCUAGCGAAGGGGUCGUUGCUGGAUCCAUGUGAUGUGAAUAACCCAAAUAAUGACUCAUGUAAUAGUUUGCCUGUAAAGUCAAACCAACCAACAGUUUGUUCAGUGUCUCCCGAGAUGGAUGUCAAUGAAAGGACCUCAAAGAUUCGCGAUGAGGGUGUUGUACCCACUGUGCAUGCAUUUAAUGUUCUCAGAGCUGCUUUCAAUGAUACCAAUCUAGCAACUGAUACAUCAGGCUUUUCUGCUGAGGCGUUGAUAAUCUCCAUACGUUCUUUCUCCUCUUCCUAUUGGGAGGUCCGGAACAGUGCCUGCCUUGCAUACACUGCUUUGGUUCGUCGCAUGAUUGGAUUUCUUAACGUGCAGAAACGAGAAUCUGCACGGCGUGCAUUAAGUGGACUUGAGUUUUUUCACAGAUAUCCAUCACUGCAUCCCUUCUUACUGAAUGAACUGAGAGUUGCGACUGAGUUGCUUAAUGAUACGCCUCCCCAACAUCCAGAAUCCAACCUGGCAAAAGUAGUGCACCCAAGCUUGUGCCCCAUGCUGAUUCUUUUAUCUCGGCUCAAGCCUUCAACAAUUGCAAGUGAAGCUGGAGACACCCUGGACCCUUUUCUAUUCAUGCCAUUUAUCAGAAGAUGCUCCAUCCAAAGCAAUCUUCGAGUUCGUGUUCUUGCAUCAAGAGCUUUAACAGGACUGGUAUCUAAUGAGAAACUUCCAAUCGUCCUCCUCAAUAUUGCCUCCGAAUUACCUUGUAGAGAGAACCAAAUGGCUUCAGUUCCAGUCAACAUGAAUGAACGAAAACCUAAGGUUUCGUUUAAUUCAAUUCAUGGAACCCUACUGCAGUUGAACUCUCUGCUGGAAACUAAUUGUAGGAAUCUUGCUGAUUUUGCUAAGAGAGAUCAGAUUAUUGGGGACUUGAUCCAGGUCCUGGUUCCGCAUUCUUGGAUUGGGAAACCCAAAUUGUGCCCUUGCCCCACCAUCAACUGUGGCUUCUUAAAAGUGCUAGAUAACGCGCUCAGUAUUGUGCGAACAUGCCAUAUAAGCAAAAAUAUUGGUCCCAUUUGGAAUCUGCUCUGGGAGUUGUCUUCAGAAUGCUUGAAUGUAGAAGCUACCAAUGGACUAUCAUAUUACGAUCCAAGUGUUGUGGAACUUCGCAAACAAGCAGCAAUUUCCUACUUCAAUUGUGUUUGCCAAACAUCUAAAGAAGUAACUGAUGAAGAUUUCCUGAUGCGGCACAAAUUCUCUCCACCUGUUUCGCAUUUGAAAGUGAUUCCUGAAAUGGAGAAUGCCUCUUUCAGAUUUCAGCAGAGGUUGGUGCUUUCUCUGUCAGAUGAAUCAUAUGAAGUUCGAAUUGCCACAUUGAAGUGGCUUCUUCUAUUUCUAAAAGCAAUGGAAUCUGGUACGGAGGCUAGUGAUCUAUCAGAGAUUAAGAUAAGCAUUGCACGCUGGAUCAACACUAACCUUCAGGAAACAAUGUUGAAGCGUUUAGCGGCUGAAAAGAACCACAAAUGUAUGUAUUACAUUCUUAGAAUUAUUUUUUUUUGGAACUUGCUGCAAUUUCAGAAAAAGGGUAGCAAUCAGUGUUCGGAAACUGGAUAUGUGGGUGAUAUGGAUUGUGAUUCAGUCUUACAGUUUUGGGAAACUUUGGUUUCUUUAUACGAGCUUACAAGACACGCAAAGACUCGUGAAACACUAAUCUGUUGCAUGGGAAUAUGUGUGAAGCGUAUCGCUGAUUUAAUUAUGGUCUCCAUUAUUUCAAAAGGAGAAUUGAAGAGAACAGGCAAAUCAAGCAAAUCUGACUUAUCUGGGAGACUGGCACACAUGUAUGAUUCCAUUGCUUUCUAUGUCAACCAAAUUGAAAAACGUAGUGCCUCAUCGGAGCCUGCGAACAUGCGGAAUGCAGCUGCAGAAUCUCUUGUUGCUUCUGGUUUGCUUGAAAAAGCUGAGGCUAUUGGUUCUUUGGUCAUUAAUAAUCAAAUUGGUUCUGAAAAUCCUUCUCCCUGUUUUGAGCCAGAAGAAGCUGUUAAUACGUAUGCACAUAAGAUACUUAGUAUAUGGUUCACAUGCAUCAAGCUUCUAGAGGAUGAGGAUGUUGAGAUCAGGAGGAAGCUUGCUAUCGAUGUGCAGAAGUGCUUUGCCUCCAAGAAAACUGGAGAAAAUGCUCAAGUGGAGAAAGUGAUUGAGUUGAGUUUUGAGCAUCUAUCUUCUAUCUUCGGUAAUUGGCUUGAGUACUUCAAUUAUCUUUCUCAGUGGGUUUUAAAUGCAGCAAGAUGUGUCAUAUCCACAGGAGAUCUGGUGAGACGUGUUUUUGACAAGGAGAUUGAUAAUCACCAUGAAGAAAAGUUGUUGAUCUGUCAGAUUUGUUGUUCUCAUUUGGAGAAGCUUCCGAUUUCAAAAUCAAUGGCAGUUGAUUUUUCCGACAAAUUCGGAGUGAGGAAUUUGUUACUUAUGUGGAGGAGGAGAUUUUACGAUCAGUUGAUUACAUUUGCAAAGACUUACGUUGAUAAACAGGGAGGUGCUGAUUGGAUCAGCAGCGUGGGUAAUCACAAGGAUGCAUUUUUACCACUAUAUGCAAAUUUGCUUGGAUUCUAUGCCUUGUCCAAAUGCAUUUUCACCUGGGAAUCUGUUGAAAAUGAUGAGUCUCUACUUCCAGAUGUCGUUGGACUUGGAGAAUUUAUCAAUCCAUUUCUUAGAAACCCUUUGAUUUUGAACCUGUAUUUGUUAGUAGUUAAGCUGCAUGGCAAAAGGGUUGAUAACUCUUCUGGAAAUUUGAUAGAAAAAUGCAUAGGAGAUGGAUCUUGCUGGGAUGGCUUUGACCCUUACUUUUUACUCAGGUGAGACUUGAUUUGUAUACUAGCUGCUUGAUCCAUAUAGAAGGUGACUGAAUCAUGUAACAUUUGUAGGAGAAAAUUUUGUCUCUCUUUUUCAAUUCAAUGCUCCAGUCAAGGCUUAUGGUUGAAUCA